CACGCGUUCUCACCCCCACUGGCCCCACGCCCAUUCGUUAGCACCAGACUCACGGACCGCCUCGUCUUCCUCCUGCAAGUUUCGCGCCCCUUCACCAAGGCUGAACAUCCCUUUCUCUACGGCGCAGGUGCCCCAAGCUUUGCGGCGUUACUUCCACAUCUCGCCAAAACAAAACGGCGCAGAUCCUGACUAUUGACCUCAACUUGCGCACUCACCAAGACCACCACCACAAUGUCUUCGACGCACUCUCGCAGUGGGUCUGAUGACACAAGCGCCACUUCCAUGUCCUACAUCCUCGAGCAUGUGCUGCAAUAUCCUAGCAGCUACGAGAUACCUCUGCGAACGAUGUACACCCUCAACUGUGUGCCCCGCGCUCAACCUCUCCCCAAGGACCUUUCCCGUGGCCACACACCAAGCAAUAGUACCGGCAGCGCAUCACCUACUACCGGACAGUUCGCCUGGAACAACACCGAACUCACAACUAUGAGCUUUACAUCUGAGCUCAUGACUCACCUCAACAAGCUGCCUCUGCAGCCAAGCUCACUACCGCCCACAUUCAUUGUCAACUUUGUUAGCCGGUGUUUCCAUCCCGAACUGAACCUUGUGGACUUUUCGCAAGCUCUCACAGCCCUCGACUACCUGAGGGAUCUGGAGAACAGGAGGCGUAAAGAGAUGGUCGCAGCCUUUGAGAGGCUUCACAUCCAUCCAGACUCGUAUGAGAGUGAUAUGGAAACCAUGGCUGAGACAUUUCCUGGUAUCGCUCUGUGGGUGAGGAAUGUCGAAGCAAAGAACAAGAAGGCUGAGAACUAUUACGCUCAAGUUUGGAUGGGCGUACGUCGAUGGAUUAUGAUUAACGAGCUCGGGAAUCAACCUUUUAACAAGCUUAACUGCAUGGGUAUGCUCAACACACUGCUGCCACCUACGCAUGGUUCAUCUAAGCUUCCUUCGCCUGUCUUGGAGCACGAGACAUUGAAGGAGGAGCGAGACGCGUUCUUCGACUACAUCCGCCUUGUUCAGAAGAGCGGUCCCGAUGUUCUGAAGUCAAUCAUCAGCCACAACGCGGGACCUGAUGAAGAGUCAGGUUGGCCUGCAGUUCAGAGGGUAGUCGACAAGUACCUGAGAGUGGCAAAGAACAUGAUCGAUGACUGCCUCGCUACCACGGGACCCGAGUCAUUCAAAGCCUACGCGGAAGAGCGAAAAGGCAAGAAGACAGAUUCAGGUGUCAGCUUUGGCUCUGAGCGCAGGCCGAGCGUAGGACCCUCAGUACACGAGCAGUUUGCCGAAGAGCCCAUGCCUACCUACGCACCCGCGCCCAAGGGCGCGUCCAAGCUGGAGAGGAUCACACGCGAGUUCAAGCGUAUGCGCGUCAAGCCUCGACCAAGUGUCGAGGAGAUCGUUCAGGUCAACUCUCGCACCGACACCGAUUACGUUCCCCAUGCGACCGAAGUCAAGGGCAACAAGCUCAAGAAAGCGCGAUCCUUCGCCAGCCUGAAGUUCGGUAACAGCAGCUCUCUAUCACUGGCCAGCCGGAAAGGAAGCGACGCAAGCGAAGCCUUCGACCCGGAGCAAAUGAAGAAGGCUCGAGCCAUGUACGAUGCAUCGGUGAACAAGCACUGAGACUUUUCCAGCUCAGCCACCAAAACGCUCUUGCUGGCCUUAACUAUUUGCAUCUUCCAGAUGCUACGAGAUACACAGUCUCGUUACGACUUACGACAACAUUUCUUUUGUUUACGACGCAAUGCAUCAAAAGCGGAUGU